GUGGUACAGUUGUUAUGGGAGUCAGUGACACUUUCUUUUACCUUGUUCUGCUUUAAGUAACUGUGUCCAUCUCAUUAUUAUUGUACUUUAUAAUGUAGAACAGCAAGCCAACGUUGGCUUAACCUGAAGAGGACGGCGAACACACGGCCCCGUGCGGCGGCGGUUACCUUUUUAACCGUCAUUCGCACGUCUCACCCGCUCCUCUGUUAUGGGACUUUGCCAAAUAAAUAUUGUCCUGAGAUUAUGAAAGGUCAGUUCUUUAUCAGCCGAUCUGUAGCUAGUGGACCAAAGGUAAGCUAUGACGACUAGCUAGCGUUAAAUGUGGGUCCCUUCACACUUUAAUGACUGACUGGUUGUCACCAUGCCGUGCCAAACGACGUCCCCGCCGCUGACAGUGACGGUCCUGGCCGCGCUGUGGGUCAGUUUGGGUCGGUGCGGUGUCUCCGAGUCUCCCGGGCCAGGAUGUGACAAUGGAAAGCUCUCUUUGGACAUGGACCUGCCUGCUGAUGCUGGUUAUUGGGACUGUUCAGUGUCUACCUGGCCAGAGUCUACUCAGAGACAUCCCAGUAUUGACACAGUGUAUGAUCUCGAGCCAGCCAGGCAGAUCUGUAUGGAUGAACCUAUCUCCUACAGUCACACCAUUCCCAACAGUGGAGCGUACAGACCUGUAAGGGCAGAAAGUGGAGAGUACUUGUACUGUCCUCCUCAGCGGUGGCUCAGUAACUUGCACCAUGGAGCUACUGUUUUGCUCUACCACCCCUGUGCUCCUCUCCACGAGCGUCUCCUGCUGUCUGUCCUGGCCCGCUCCUGUUUGUCGGACUACAUCGUCACCCCUCAUCCACAGCUCAGUAAACACAUGCCAGUAGCUUUGGUGUCCUGGGGUCGCACUUUGGAGCUGCCUACUGUGGCCUCUUCAGACGUCUGUGAUUGGCUGGAGACCACUACAACCACAAGAAAUAAGUUCAGAGGUGCGAACCACAUCAGAAAAUACAACCUGCUGUUGACCUGGCCAGCUAAGCAGCACGGACUGCAGCACACACAUCCAGAGGAGCGUUCAACAGAAAUUAAGGAGUCUCUGAGGCAAUGCUGUGAGCAGACGGUCUCUUCUCUGCUGAAUGAGGCAAUGGGGGCAGAGCUGGAGUCCACGAUGAAGAAGGAGAGCUUGAAAAAAAUGGAAAAGGGAGGGAAAAGCAGACAGAUAAGAGCUGCCAUCAGAGAAACACAGGAGGACGCUAAGGAUAAGAAGGAGAGAGACAAUACAAUACACGCUGCCGCCUAUUUGGCCAACCACACCAAUAAAACCAUCCUCAGGAGGACACUGGGACCAUCAGCUGAUUCUCCUCCAAUGAACAGCACACUGUCAGAUCAUUCUGGUCCAAGGGAAGCUCAAUCCAAGAUCCAAAAUCUGAAUCAGAGCCUUACACCCAGGCCUGUAACUCCUUUGGGGUCAAAUAUGUCUACACUUAGAAGUGAUUCUUCAGAAUUGAGGUCUUCUGAGUCCCAGAAAAGCUGGCUAACAGUACAGCCAGCAACACUGCAGCUCAGCCCUAAACACACAGACCCCAAAAACAAAAACCCUUCAGCGGACGUGGAUGUUCUUGCAGAUCAUAACCACACUGCAAGGCCUGUAGCCGUGGCCUUCAGUUCCAAAAACAAAGGUACUGAGUCAGCCAAACCGGGAGACAAAGACUCUGCUAAACACAGCAUAAAAGAGAACAGCUCUAAAGAGAAAAACUAUGAUAAAGUUAUCACAGCAGAUGGCAAGAUGAAGGAUAAUGAGGUAGUAGAUGUAAAAGAAAGGGAGUUGGAGCAUAAACAAACACAGAGUGCCACACACUCUCACCACAAAAGUGAAAACAGUGGCUUUGAUUCUGUUUCCAAAUCCCAAUCAGAGUCUCCACCCCAGCCACAACAACACCCACACCCACAGUCAGCUAUUUACCUGCCCAACAGCCAAGACUGUGACAGCUGCAAGUCAGGCAAACACUGUGACUGCACCAAGGCCUCAGCAGCCGAGGCCCGAGCCGCCAUUGUGAAUAAGGGGUUGCCGAGGACCCCCAGGACGGAUGAGGCGGUGUGGGCGGCAGCGGCGCUGGGCUUCCUGCUGAUUCUCCUGACGCUGUCCGUGCUUCACACUCGCCUGUACCGGCACUGGAGAACCACGCCCAGCCUUUACUGGCAUGACCCACGCCAGGACUAUGACAGUGUGGCAGAUGUGAUCCGCAGGAGGUUGCGAAUUGCAAAGAGGAGGAGGAAAAGGGGCCGAAGACAGGAGUGUGUUCUCCUGCCGAGCUCAUCCAGCUCCGAUGAUCUUCCAUAGAAAACAUCCCCAAGAAUGCCAAGAAUGAGCCCCAGUCUCAUGCCUGUAGAGGAGGUGAAGAGUGGACUUUCUCCAGAGCAGAAGAGGUGAUGUGUUGAAUAUACAUGGACCCGUCUUGUACAUAGUAUGCUGUUUAUCCGACAGGGCUGGACUGGACCACCCUUAUCAAAAGGGCAGACGUGCUGCUGGAUAACCUAAAAGCAGAAGAUGAAAUGAAAGAGUUUUUGACCACCCAAAAGGAGUGCUGUGUUAUGAACAGCCAGAUCACAGAAAUUAUGUAUACAUGGAGACUGGUAUAGAUUUAACCUAAACUCAGUUUUUCAAAAGUACAAAUAACAACUAAUAAAGAAGAUUUACAAAAGAAUCAAACCCUAUAAACUUUACAUCAAGGAGUCCAAGAGAAGCCCCCAGGUUUUAUUUAGUGCACCACAAUUGUUAUAUAUUUGAACAGCUUCUUUCAUUACAUCUGUCUGAUCAUAGUCUCCUACACAGUGCUCAGUUAAUAGGGCCCCAUUUUCUACGCUCUGUGUAUUACAAUCAAUAUUCAUUUUCCAGCUCUGGCCUUGUCAGUUUUUCUAUUUUUUUUUUUUUACAUUUUUUGUCACAUUUUGUCUUUAUUUUGUUUUUAUAAGUAGAAGUAUGGUAAUAUGUUGCUUUUACCUGUAAAAGUUUAGUAUGUGAAAAUGUAAGUUGCUGUUCUAAGCAACGCUGUGUUGUCAGUGAAUGGUACGCACAUGUGAAUCGCUGUAUUGUAAAGACGUUUUUAGGCAGUCUAUAGAGAAGAAUUCACAUAGACAAUAAAUUCCUUGACGGAAGUAUUGAGUGUGUGAACUCCUGUUUGAUGUUUUCUCGAAUAACACUUGGGGACUUGGGGAGCAAGGGGCAAGUCAAAU